UGCUUGGGAAGACGAAAUUCUGAGGUAGGGUUUGUUGCUGCUGCUGCAACAUAUAAAUAUCUGCGUUCCCCACUGGUGCAUCAUCAGUCUUUGCAGUGACUUGAACAAUUAACAAACAUCAAACAUGAAUACUUUGAUUGUAUUCGUUGCCGUUUUCGGCUGUGCUCUCGCCCAAUUCCGUCCUCAAGCUUCGGGAGGCGGUGGACCAGCACCUAAUGCCGCCAUCUUACGUCAAGAUUCAGAUAUUAACCCUGAUGGAUCUUACCAAUGGAGUUAUGAAACUGAUAAUGGAAUCUCAGCCCAAGAAAAUGGCAGCCCUAAAGUGCAAGGUCCUGAAGGUCCAGCUGUAGCCGCGCAAGGAUCAUUCCAAUACACCGCUCCUGAUGGUACACCCAUCAGCAUUCAAUACACUGCUGAUGAGAAUGGUUUCGUCCCACAAGGCGCUCAUUUACCAGUGGCUCCCGAAAUUCCACCAGCGAUUGCCCGUGCCCUUGAAUGGAUUGCCGCCCACCCAGACCCUGAAGCAGGUCGUGCUGCCCCAGCUGGUGGUAGACGAUUCUAAGUCAUCCCUUCAAUUCUAAUCUUCACUGGGUGAGACUUGAUGAGACGAUCCCUCGAGAUAUGUGUGAUGCCAGAAUGACGAAUAUUCAAUCACUUGGAAUACUCUUUGAAACACUUCCACCUUGAAAUCGAAAAUUAACGCGCUGCUAAUUAUUAUUUCCGCCAUUUUAUAGAAAAAACAUUGCAAGGUAAUUGCAAGUAAGCAUUGUAAAUAUUUUUUAAAUGUCAUUGUUUUAUUAUUUUAAUUCCUCUUUCUUAUUAAUAAAAAGUGAUAUCAAAGUA